AGGCCUGUGGGUGAAUGUAAUAGGCCCAUAUUGGGAAUAAUUGGUUGUUCACUCAUCAGAUAAAGCCGAAUAACCGAUCGAAGAUACCAUUUUGCAGAUUGCUUUCUUGUAUUUCAACCAUGGCCAAGAACAUCCUCAAAACUCCAUCACUUCUUCAGUACAUUUUCGAAACGAGUUGCUAUCCAAAAGAGCACGAGCAAUUGAAGCAACUUAGAGAGACAACCAUCGUUAAGUAUGGGAAAAUGAGUAUAAUGAAUGUGCCGUUGGAUGAAGCACAAUUCAUAUCUAUGCUUCUAAAACUCAUGAAUGCGAAGAAAACACUUGAAAUUGGAGUUUUUACCGGUUAUUCUCUUCUUACUACAGCUCUUGCUCUCCCCUCUCACGGCAAGGUAAUAGCAAUUGAUAUGGAUAGAGAAGCGUUUGAGAUAGGAUUGCCUUUCAUUCAGAAAGCAGAAGUUGAGCACAAAAUUGACUUUAUCCACCGUGAUGCAUUAUCAGCCAUCAAUGCUCUUAUUGAUGAAAAACAUGAAGAAUCAUUUGAUUAUGCAUUUGUGGAUGCUGACAAGGAAAACUUCACAAAGUAUCAUGAGAUUUUAUUAAAAUUGGUGAAGAAGGGUGGAAUAAUUGCAUAUGACAAUACAUUAUGGUCUGGUUCGGUGGCCAUGUCUGAGGAUGAAGAAAUGGAAGAGGCAAUAAAGCGAAAAAGAAAAAUUGCAAUUGAAUUCAACAACUAUAUAGCAAAUGAUACUCGUGUAGAAUCAACAAUCCUUUCUGUUGGGGAUGGUGUAACUCUCUGCCGACGUCUCUAAUUAAUCUCCCCAAAAGAAAGAAAGAAAUAACACUAUCAAUGUUAUAGAAAAAAAUUUAAAGAGAAAUAUUAAAUUUUAAAAUGAUAGUGUAAAAAAUUAUGAUAAAAUUAAUGUAUGAUACACAUUGGUGCCUUCAAGGUAGGUAACAUUACUACCUUUCAUUUAAUCAUCACUAACUCCUAAUUACUUGUAACACAUAUUAUACUAUAUCUACCACGUUAAUCAAAAAAUAAGAAUUGUGUUGAAAAUAAUAGUUUUUAAACUUU